AAUGCAACUCUCUCUCUCAGUCUUUGCUUCUGCAGCUCCACUACUCUCAUCUUCUUCUUUUUCCCAUUUCCUCACUCCAAAUUUUCUGGAUACCAAUUCCAUGCGUCAACCUUGUUACUGCAAACAACAUUUCGGAGCUUCCGAACUACUUGGCUUCUACUCUAUCUCGGAGUCGGGAAGAUUCAGUGUGAUGGAGAUGUGUAAACACUGCUCAGAAUCUUGCAUGGGACUUGUAAUGAUUAAGAGCGUCUGAGGUCCUGCGUUCAAAUCCUCUCUUCCCCAAUAUCGCUUGUAUCAUAAACAAACGACAUUGCUCGUAACCCAAUUGACUUAUACGGGUGAAAUAUGGAUUCUAGUAAGAGCUGGGACCAGAAGUCACUGGUCAAUGAGAUCAUUGAAGGACUGGAACUAGCAAAACAGUUGAGGCUAAGUCUGAACGCAAAAUCGUCAUCAGACAAGAAGCAAUUUUUAGUGCAGAGGAUACUAUCGUCAUACGAGAAGGCCCUUCUGAUGCUGAAAUGUAGCGGUUCGCCACAAAGUCCUAUCGGGGCAAUAACAAGCGUGCCGGAGUCGCUGAUGUCAGCCAGCGCAGGUCCUUCUUGCGAUGACAACAACAGAAGUCUCCAGGAUCGUCAUGACCUCACAGAGGUCUCCAAGAAAAGAAAGGAAAUGGCCAAAUGGACAGAACAUGUCACGAGAGCUAGCUCUGAGAAUGGGAUGGAAGGAGCCCAUGAAGAUGGCCACUGCUGGAGAAAAUAUGGGCAGAAAGACAUCCUAGGAACCAAACAUCCGAGAAGCUAUUACAGAUGCACGUACCGGAACUCGGAAAGUUGUUGGGCUACAAAGCAGGUGCAAAGGUCGGAUGAAGACCCCACUGUCUUCGAAAUCACGUACAAAGGGAAGCAUACAUGUUCUCAUGGCCGCAGUUCAGUUCCACCGCCACCAUCACCAGAAAAGCAAGAGCGAAAACGACACAAUCAUAACGAUACUUAUCAGCAACAGCAGUCUCAAGGAAACCAAAUCAGCUUCCCAACUAAUCUGAGAGUCAAUACUGAGAACUUGGACGACAGAGAGAACACGGCUUCUCCAUUCUCUUUUACUUCAACUUCAUUCGGAUGUAUGAACAACGAUGACGCCUUUCUUUCAUUAAUGCUUGAUGAUAACAGUCUUUUGGACAAUUUCAAUCAAUCAUUGCUAUCUCCGGCCGCGGGCGGAUCAAACUAUUACUUUGAGCCGGCAAGCCAGAUGAGAAACAUUGCAGGAAAAGAGCAACGUUCGGAAUCUGAUCUUGCAGAGAUCGUCUCAGCCAAAAAUUCGUCAACCAAUUCUUCGAUUCCGGACAUUGAUUUUUCACUGGAGCCAGUGGAACUCGACUCCUAUUUCCCGUUUGACUGCCCAGGAUUUUUCUUAUAAUUCUACUUGGUCUUUGAGAAUAAGAAUAAGUAGCAUCAAGACUGCCACUAGUUUGUUUCACAUCUUGAAUCAACCCAUGUAAUAUAAAAGAGGAAGAUUUCUAGUAAAAGAUAACAGCUUUCUGUGA